AUGGUUCAAGAAAGCACUAUGAUUUGUGUCGACAACUCCGAAUUCAUGCGGAACGGAGAUUUCCAACCAACUCGUCUUCAAUCUCAACAGGAUGCUGUUAACUUGAUCAUGCAGUGCAAGUUGCGUGCCAAUCCUGAAAAUGCUGUUGGAAUCCUUUCAAUGGCUGACAAUGUGAAUGUUCUUUCGAGCUUGUCCACCGAAGCUGGACGUCUUCUCAUGAAGACUCACCAAAUCGAGCCGAAAGGCACUUGCAAUUUCGUCGCGGGAAUCAAAGUGGCGCAUUUGGCGUUGAAGCAUCGACAAAAUCGUAAUCAUAAAAUGAGAAUUGUGAUUUUCAUCGGCAGUCCACUCGUCGAUAUUGACUCCGCCGAAAUCGUCAAGAUCGCGAAAAAACUCAAAAAAGAAAAAGUUCAAUGCGAUGUGAUCAUGUUCGGAGAUGCUGAUGAAUCAUGUCAGCAGGCAUUCUCUCAAUUCGUUGAAACUCUUAACGGAAAAGAAGGAAGUGGGUCGAACUUAGUUGUUGUUCCAACCGGAUCUGCUCUCAGUGAUGCUCUUUUGACUUCUACUGUCUGUCGCACGGAUGAUGGUGGAAACGGAGGUGGACUCGGAGCUGGUGGAUUCGAAUUUGGCGUCGAUCCAGAAAAUGAUCCGGAUCUUGCUUUGGCUCUUCGUGUUAGUAUGGAAGAAGAGCGUGCUCGUCAAGCGGCAGUUGCUGCUGCGAACAAUGAAGGCGGUGAAGCUGCUGUUCAAAAUGCUCCGAUUCAGGAUGCUUCUCAAAUUCCAUUUGAGGAAAUGGAUAUGGGCGCUAUGACCGAGGAGCAGCAGCUCGAAUGGGCUAUGCGUUUGUCAAUGCAAGAUAAUGCGCCACCAGCAUCAGCUCCAGCUGCCGAUCCCGCCAAUACUGCUCAUAACACUUCAGAUGAUGAUAAGAUGGAAGUCGACGUUACUGGAAACAACACUCCGGACAAUCUGGACGAGCUCAUGAACAAUCCGGAAUUGCUGCAGCAACUUGUCGACGAUCUUCCAGCUUCACAGAAGCAAGACGAGAAGAAAAAGAAGGAGGACGAGAAGAAAUAA